AUUUUCUCACUUAAUUUUCCCAUUUUCUUUUUUCUUUUUUUUUCUUUCUUCUAUUAAAUUUUUCUCUUAAAAGCUGUGCAUUUCCCAGUUUUUUUUUUCUGCUCAGUUCAUAGCCGUUUUUCUUUUCUAUCUCUUCUUAUCCAUUUGUUUUAAGUCACCAUUCAGUAUUCACUACAGAUCCGUUACGAACCCAAAAUCCAUCUCGUACUCUGUUUUUUCUUUCUUCGUUCAAUCGUUUCGCAUUUUUCUCGUGCUCUUGCAGGUGGUAUCAUCAACAAGCUUUAUCAAGAAGAAACUAAAUUAUGAGAUAGCAUCCCCUUCUUUGCUUUUUCUUUUUUUGAGGGGGGGAGGGAGAGGGUUUCAUUAAUUGAUAUCAAUCCAAGUCCCGUGAAUCAGUGAAUUGGUUUUCUCUAAACCCAAAACUCACAUUCAAAAUCUGGGUUUCUCUUUUUUUCCAGAAAUUUUAAAUUAAAUGCGAAGAUAAUUGCGGAGUUUUUGAGGAUCUGGGUAUUUUUGAGAAUCGACUAACAGAAGGGAAAAAAAAAAGAAUGUUGGAGCAGGAAUUGUGUUCAUCUCGGGUACUGUCACCGUUCAGGGAAGAAAGCGGCGACGAAGAGCUAUCGGUUUUACCGAGACACACCAAAGUUAUUGUCACUGGAAACAAUAGAACAAAGUCAGUAUUGGUUGGUUUACAAGGCGUAGUCAAGAAAGCUGUGGGCCUUGGUGGUUGGCAUUGGCUGGUUUUGAAGAAUGGCGUUGAAGUCAAGUUGCAAAGAAACGCAUUGAGCGUGUUGGAACAUCCUACCGGCAACGAAGUAGACGAUGAUCAUGAUUUGGAUAACUCGAGCAGUGGCUCCGACAUUGGUGAGAAAGACCAUGAUUUCCCUAGUAGCAUCGAGUUCCAGAGGCCAGCGAAACCCAGAGUUCGACAUACGAAACCUUGGGUUCCAUCUGCAUCCAUGAAAUCAACGAAUCGUAACGGUUACAGAGAUGUCCGAUCCAUUAUUCAUGCGCCACAAUCGGUAAAUUUGGCAAGACUCGAUACCAACUCGUUACGAAGAUAUUGCAAACACUUCAAACUCGGUGGCAUCAAUGCUUAUUCACCAAGGGAACAACUGCUUAAUACUGUGCAGCAGCAUUUUAUGUCACAGCUGCCGUUGAACGAGGUACACGUGAUAUCGGAAUUCAUCACAGCGGCUAAGAGACUGAAAACGGUAGACGGUGACACCAAGGGUGAGCAACUUUGAGUGUUGUCAAACAUUGUAUAAUUUACAUACAUAUCUUUAACUCUAACCUUAGAUUAGAAUCUAAUUUGAAAAAAAAAAGACUAAUUGGGAAGAGUUGUCGCUCAACCGACCAACCGGAUUCUAACCUUUGUAAUAUAGAGGGUCUAUGCCCUUUUGUUAAUUUUCUUCUAGUAUAUCUACUAUUUCCAACAAUGCAAUUUACCCCUUA